AUGAAAGAUCUUGGUAAAACAAAAUUUUGUCUCGGCCUGCAGAUCGAGCAUUUACCAAAUGGAAUUCUUAUCCAUUUGUCAAUAUACACUGAAAAAGUCUUGAGGCGCUUUUAUAUGGAUAAAGCUCACCUAUUGAGUUCUCCAAUGGUUGUCCGAUCACAUGAUGUGAAGAAAGAUCAUUUUCGCCCUCAAGAAGAUGAUAAAGAAAUUCUUAGUGCUGAAGUAUCAUAUCUUAGUGCAAUCGGUGCUCUUAUGUACCUUCCGAAUUGUACUAAACCUGAUAUAACAUUUGCAGUCAACCUACUAAAAAUAAAGCCACAGUUAAUUGGAUAUGCAGAUGCAGGUUAUCUUUCUGACCCACAUACGGCCCAAUCACAAACAAUGUACUUGUUUACUUAUGGUGAUACCGCUAUAUCAUGGCGAUCUAUGAAACAGACCAUGACUGCAUCUGCUUCCUCAAAUCACUCUGAGAUACUCGCAAUUCAUGAAACAGGUUAA